CAGCUCGGACCAACCCAGACCCAUCCGAUAACGCAAAUCGACACUCUAGGGACUCAAAGCUCUUUUAUUGAGCCGGCGGCACUUUCUGAGUUUCUGUAGAGCAAUAAUAUAUUCAUCGGCCCGAAAAAUUGUUUCCAUUUGCCAUGACUGAAACACCAUCUUCUGCUACAAAAGACGGGGUCGAUCACUCCGACAAAGUUGAAAUUCCUGUGGAGGAGAGAGAGAAGAAGAUUUUGAGUCGAAGAGUCAAGGAUGUUGAAGUUUCUGUGCCAAUUGUUUAUGGCACCAUUGCAUUUUGGCUUGGUCGAAAGGCAACUGAGUCUCAAUCACAUAAAUGGACAGUUUAUGUUCGUGGGGCGACAAAUGAGGAUCUGAGUGGUGUGAUUAAGCGUGUUGUUUUUCAACUCCACCCUAGUUUCGAGAAUCCUGUUAGAUAUGUUGAUUCUCCGCCGUUUGAAUUGUCCGAAUGCGGUUGGGGUGAAUUUGAGAUUGCAAUUUCACUUCACUUCCACAGUGAUGCAUGUGAUAGGAAGUUGGACUUAUUUCACCAUUUGAAGCUAUACCCUCUAGAACAGAGUGGUCCACAGUCUACCAAGAAGCCUGUUGUUGUGGAAUCAUAUGAUGAAGUUGUUUUUCCUGACCCUUCAGAGCGCUUUCUUGCUCGCAUACAGAAUUAUCCUGCUGUUAUUGUGCCUCGGCUCCCUGCUGGUCUUGAGCUACCAUCCUCUGCUUCUGUUGAAGAAAACAAUGAUAGGAGAGGCAACACCAAAGAUCACCCCCUAGGCCAUUGGUUCAUGAAUUUUUCAGAGGCGGAUGAACUACUCAAACUUGCUGCCGCUCGUCAACAGAAAAGAGACAUGGAACUCUCUAAGACCUCUCGUAAUCCUCCUAUCAUAUACACACAUGGUGUAAGAAAGAAGAAAAACCAGGCUGCUAGCAAGGGUACAGAGGUAAUUGUCAGCAAGAGUUCAUAUGUAAUUGUCAACAGUUGUACUGAGCCAGGUGGCAAUAGUACUGGGUCAGGUGGUUGGCUGCUCGGAGUUGGGAGAAUAUUCUGUUGACGCCUUAUAGGAGUGAGUGCUGGAUUCAGUGAGAGAAAGUAUUAUUGGUUUAAUAAAAUAGAGGGAAUGUAGUGAUGGGGAACGGGUAUUACUCUUAGUGGGAGAGAUCUGGACCUCUUGAUAGUCUAUGAGUUGCAUAUGAGAUUUCUUUCAUUUCUUGAAUACAACAUUAUCCUUAUUCCUUAGUUACCUAAUCUUUCUUAUUUGCUUGUUUUUCAUUGACUGGUCUUGCCUAGAGUGCUGGUUCUUAGCAGAACUUAGAGGCCUUGGAAAAUUGAAGAGAGGGUGAUGGUUGAUUUCUGGUCAUGGGUGGACAAUUGAUGGCCAACUAUGAGGCAUGAGGUCGGUCAUAUUGGGAGAGAGAGAUCUCAUGCCAAAACGAAAAAGAACCAGGAGAUGUGAUAGAAGUUGCAAUAAACAAUAAAAGUAAAAACAGGGUUUCACUUAACAUAGAGUAAUUUGUCAAUAAUAGUACAAUGCUUUGGCUUUUCACCUUUUUUACAAAAUAUUAUGCAUAUUCCAAGGCUGAAUUACCAAAUUGCUGUAUUUAGUCAUUCUCAUAAUAUAUAUGUACAUAUAUACAGGAU